UGUUUUGCUGUCGAGUCACCUCUGUCAGGAUGGAGGAAAACGAACUGCUAUCAUGCUGAAAAACGAAGGAUCCCGACAACCGAGCAUCACCAACCGGGAUAGUUAGACACAAGUCGCUUUUUUAUCUUGACUACUGCAUCGUUUCUGUAACGCUUUGCCAAAAUGAUGGAAGAAAUCGACCGGUUCCAAGUACCCCCAGUCAACGGGGAGACACAGCCUUUGGACCCAGCAGCGUCUUCCACCUCCGAGGCCGACCCUGACACCAAGGGGGAGACUGUGGCCAUGAACUACAAGCCCUCACCGCUGCAAGUCCAAAUAGAGAAACAGAGGGACCUUGCCAGGAAGGGAUCAGUAAAGAAUGGCACCGUGGGAAGUCCUGUCAAUCAGCAACCCAAGAAGAAUGCCAGGACAAGGUUGGUGGUGCCGAACAAAGGCUACUCCUCUUUAGACCAGAGCCCAGAUGAGAAGCCCCUGGUAGCACUGGACACUGACAGUGACGAUGACUUCGAUAUGUCCAGAUACUCCUCAUCAGGAUACUCCUCAGCCGAGGUGAGAUGUCUGAGGGACCAGCAGAUCAACCAGGACCUGAACAUCCAGCUCCUGAAGGAUGGGUACCGGCUCGAUGAGAUCCCCGAUGACGAGGACCUGGAUCUUAUCCCCCCCAAAGCAGUCAACCCCACCUGCAUGUGCUGCCAGGCUGCUCCCUCUACAGCCUGUCAAAUCCAGUAGCACCAUUUCCCCCCUAAAAAAAACUCCUGCCUGCCACCUGCACUGAAUCCAACUACUGACCAGAGUGGCAGCAAUGAGGAGAAACUAUCGGCUGGCAAUGGCACAAAGGGAAAACAAGGGUUUAUAAAUGCUAAAUUAAGAAAUGGAGAUCAAGUCUUUAGAAAAGUCAAUAUGUACAGUAUCUGUGCGCGUUCCUCCUAUGGUAGGAUCUGUGCAUCUUACUUGAUUGACGGCAGAAACAUUACCUCUAAGGAAAACAUGUUACUUUCGCUUCUUCUUCUUUUGACUUCAAUCUCAUGCUUGUGGAUAUUUUGGCUCUCAAGGACCCUGAGGAACUGUGCGACAUUGUGGAAGAACUGAAAUGAAAUUGUGCGAACAAAUACCUGAAAUGGUGACAAGGUGACUAUUAUCGUGCCAGUGCAUCAUCCAUGGAAUCUACUUCUACUCGUGUGUCGAUGGACAAGAACAGAUUAGAAGUUUAGUAGUGGCCAUUGUUUUUUUUUCUUUCAGCCAGUCUGCUUUGUCUUCCUGAGUGUAUAUAUGUGUCAAACAUGAAAAUGACAUGCCUGUCUAAAUAUGUCCAAGAAAGUAGUGCUAAAUCAUCAAGCUCCUGAUGAAACACGAAUGCUUACACUCAGAACACUAUGAGAGUAAUUCCAGUUUUCUUUUUCAAGUUUGUCUGUUACACCAAGGUUGUACUGCUUAAUUGUUUCAUAUUCAGUGAAAAAAAAAGCUGAAAACAAAUAGUUUUGCAUGUUGCCUGUUAACACUGUCCUAAUGACCAGCUUGUGCAGAUGAUUCAUCAGUUUUUAUUACCUGAUUGAACACAUCCUUGUGCCGAUGAGACAUUAUGUGAGGCGUGCUUUUAAGAACAUCAAAUUAGUAAUAUUUAGGUUUACCCAGUGUAAUAUCAGUAGAUAUAGAGAGACAGUUGUAGAAACAGCUCUUGAGUUUGUGUGUACUUCCUUUGCGUUUGUCCCUGUUAGCCCUGACAUGAGAGGAUGUGUGAGAGGAGCAAAAAGGCAGUCACUCCCAGUGAAUGUGGUUACAAAAUAAUAAUAAUGAGAGGCUUAGAAUAUGUGCAAAUACAUAAAAGGCUGUGCAAUUUUUGCUGCUCCAGUCAUGGGUUCUGAAGAAUGUCCAUAAAGUGAUUCCAUAUUGCCGGAUUGAAAUGAAAUAUGUUAUUGCGCCUAGUCCUGCCCUACUGUGCUGUGAGUGGCAGAUUAUCUCGAUAUAGCAAUGUGCUUUUCCUGCUCUUGCACUCUACUCUUACUGUUGCAAGAUUGUGUGUUAGAUUUUACUCAUUUAGUAGUUGGCUAGUUAGCUAGCUGGCUUGCUAGUUCCAUGUUUUCAUGCUACACUGAUAAAAGAAAAUGAGCCGAACAAAGUUGUCACUCAUCUGGGGACAGCAAUGUGCUUUCAUACGCUGUACCAAGUCUUUGUUUAUGAAGCAUUAAGGUGUUACAUUUUUCUAGUUAGCUAGUGGAUGGCUACUGAGCUAGCUAGCUUUCUAAUUCCACCACAUCUUGGGAUAACAAUGUGCUUUCCUAUGGUGUAAGAAGAGAGUGUAGAUGAGGCAUAAAGUUGUUCAAUGCUAUGCACUAGCUAGUGGCUGGCUAUUUAGCUAGCUAGCUUGCUUGCUGAUUCCACCACCUUUCCAUGCUACACUGGUGAAAGAAAAUUAACAGUGUCACUUAUUUAGCGAUAGCAAUGUUCUGUCCAACGCUGUGACAAGAGUGUAUGGCUUAAGCAUUAAGUUGCUUGUUUUUUUUGGAUGCUAGCUAGCCUACUAAAGAUGUGUUGAAGUAACCAGUAUGGGGUCAUCCCUAUGUUCCCUGGGACCUAUGUUCCCCGGGUCAUAUAUUCCCCGCUCGAGGAACAUAGGACCCUUUAUUAGAAAAAAGGUCCUAUGUUCUCUGUUUUUCCCAAAAAGGGUCAUAUGUUUCCCUGUAGCAAUACAUACUGGGGAGCAUAGGACCCUUUGGGUUAGGGUUAGGUUACGCCUAUUUGCAGCCCAUAGGCCUACAUAGGCCUAUUUGCCAUGGAAUUUGUCAGUAAUGGUGGAAAAAGUAACAGACAGAGGAACAUAGGACCCUUUUUGGGAAAAGCAGGGGAAAAGGGUCCCGGGGAACAUAGACACGCUCCCACAAGUACUAGCCAAUCACAGCACAGCAGGUUGGGGGAAAAAACUGAAUUGAAUGGGAUUUUUUUUUCUUGUCUUGUUUUUCAGAAAAGGAAACUAGUUUAGUAUUAAGUGUAUUUGGUUUGUAUGGUUGUACAUCUGCACAUGCUCCCUUUGAGCUUUAUGAUAACCAAUUUGUAUGAUUUGAUUUGGGGACAAGAACUGUAUAUGUAGCACCGGACACAGCUGUGUAUUGUCGAUGCUUUAUGCCAAUGGAUGUUUCCCAUGAUGUUGAAAAGGAAGUAGUUAUUUUUAGGCAGUACUAAAUGCAUACUGUUUAUUUGUCAUUACUACAUCACUCCUAAAGACAUCUCUAGAGCUUGAUGGGCAUCAGUUGUUUUGUAGUCAGUGUUAAUAAUCACUUGCAUGUGAAUCUGCUCUGAAACAAAUGAUGGUGGAAGAUCACACAGGCUUUCCCAAAAACACAAAAUACAAUAUAUGAAAAACAUUUUCUAUUUAUAACAUAACUUAAACCUAGAUAAGUUCUGGUAAUAUAACUGCAGUCCUAAUUAUGUGUGCACUUUACACUGUGGUGUAAGUAAUUCUUUCUGGUAGCAUUCGGUAUAUAUCAUGUAUAUGGGAUAUGAGAUCUGGAUGUUAAAUUACUUCUGAAAUACUGUGUGCAUCUACUAUGAACCUCGAUUACCUUUGUGGACAUAUUGCAGCGUUUUUUAGGAAACAUUGCAUUAAUCUUUCAUAACUGAUGCUCUGCUGAUUUUGUUAGCAUGUUUACAACUUGGAGGUUUUACAUUUUUAUGAAAAUUCAUACAGAAACCACCGCAACCAAUGUCGCAACCAAUGUCCUUUUAUCGAUCAGUGUGAAAUGUAAGACUCUAAAUUACUGAGGUGCCAGAUCUGCAAGCAUGGUCAAGAAAGGAAGUUUUUGCUCUAGUCAAAGGAAUGAAUGAAUUGUACUGUGUGUGAGUAAACUGAACUAAAGCUACUUAAGAAGAGAAUAAAAAUGCUAAUUCUAUCUGCUAACCUUUAGGAGGACAUAUACUUUAUAUUAUUACUGUUGUACCUGAUACAGCCUCAAUGUUUCUAUUGCAUUUGAGUUAUUAAAAAAAGGAAACAAGAAUUUUAAAAAAUACAUUUAAUUUGCAAAUAAGGUGCCAUGGAUGUAGUUAAUAAAAUUACUUGCAGUAAGUAGAAAAAAAUACAUGAAUGGUACAGUAGGUCAGGUAAUAUGUCACUAAUAAGGUGUGUGUAUAGCUGUUUACGGUUAGCAUUGAGGGCCUGACUGUCUGAUUGACUCUGGUGCUGAUUUUCUUUUCUCUAUCAUUAACAUCAUCCUAUUAAAUUCACACACAGGCCGUCACAGGCAUGUGCACUACUCCCGGCCAAUGUCGUCUCAAUCGGGACGUUAGCUUCACUAAUCUCUUAAGUUCAGAGUCUAAAGUAAUGCAUUGUAACAGAAGCUAUUUAUUUGCAGUUGUGUGUGUUUUAAUUUAUUUUUCAAGAAUGGGAAAUAAUUCUUAUGCAGACAGAUGCUUUUGUUUUUUUUAUUUGUCAGGUGCUUAUUAUGAUGAUUGUGAACUGGUUCCAUUUAGAUUUUAACAGUGUCAAAGUUCUGUGUAUAGUGCAACAUAUCAAAAAAUAAAUAUUAGAUAUCUGAA